GGACCCCGGCACAGCCUGGCCCGGUGCCCCUGGCGCUGGGGACACGGCUGGCACUGUCCCUGUCCCCGUGGGGGUGGCACUGUCCCUGUCCCUGCCCCAGGAGCCGUCCCUGUACACGGUCAAGGCCAUCAUCAUCCUGGACAACGAUGGCGAGCGGCUCUUCGCCAAGUACUACGAUGACACGUACCCCAGCGUGAAGGAGCAGCGCGCCUUCGAGAAGAACAUCUUCAGCAAGACUCACCGCAGUGACAGCGAGAUCGCGCUGCUGGACGGGCUGACCGUGGUGUACAAGAGCAGCAUCGACCUGUACUGCUGUGUGAUCGGGAGCGCCAGCCAGAACGAGCUGAUGCUCACGGCCGUGCUCAACUGCCUGUUCGACUCGCUGAGCCAAAUGCUGAGGAAGAACGUGGAGCGCCGGGCGCUGCUGGACAACAUGGAGGGGCUGUUCCUGGCCGUGGACGAGAUCGUGGACGGAGGGGUCAUCCUGGAGAGCGACCCCCAGCAAGUCGUGCACCGCGUGGCCGUGCGGGUAGGGGGCACCGGGGGGGUUUGGGGGGCA